AUGGGUCGUCCAGCAAGUAAUAAGAAAGGAUAUAAAAUUGGAAAGCGCUCACGUUUAAAUAAACUCAAUGCCUUUAGACGAUGUUGUUCUUAUACACCAAUUCAUAGUGUACACAUUCAUGAUGCAAAUCUUCAAUCAACCGAUGACGAUUUGGACUUUUCGUGUGAUCGUACUAUAGAAUUUAUGGAAUCUGGUGAUACACGCAACAUAAUCUCUGUGGAAAUAGCUGAACAAAGCAUCUAUUUCGAUCGUCUUUUAAAAUAUCAUAAGGGAUCAGGAAAUAUACGAUUACCAGAGUUUCUAAAGAUUGGUUUCUCAUCCAUUAUAAAAUAUAUACGUGAAGGUGUUCCCGUGAUUAAUCCUGAUAAUGUUUAUCAUACCUUCGUAGCAGCGGAUUUCCUCUUAUUACCAAAAUUAAAACAACAAUGUGUAAAUCUAUUCAAAGAGAUGGCAACCAUUGACCUAUCAACUGCAAUCAAUAUAUGGUUAAAUUAUAAAUCAUUCUAUUGGCCUGAACUUAGCUCUAUGGCAUAUCAAGCGAUUUUAGAAAAUUUUGAAGAUCUAUGGCAAACACCAGAGUUCAAAACCCUGGAUGUAAACCAUCUUUGUCAAAUACUUCAUGAAGAUACAUUAAAUUGUAAACAUGAAACGAAUGUAUUUUAUGCAGUCAUUCAAUGGAUUAGUGAAGAUUUGGUAAGACGUAUUCAAUAUUCCUUGGAGUUAUUGUUAUGUAUCCGACUUGGAAUGUUAACAACCAAUGAAUUAAAUGAUAUAAAGAAGCAUGAUCUUACUCAAAUCAUUCCAGAAUAUUUAGAUUUAUUGAAUCAAUGGCCAAAGUGUUUAGCAACUACUAAUAAUCGUAUUAUUAAGGCAUAUGGACAACGGUUUGUUACACCAAGAUUACCACAUCAAAUUGCGAUGGUUUUCGGUGGAUGGCGUGAUGGUGAGGGUCCAGUGGCGGCAGUGCAAGUCUAUAAUCCAGUAGUGAAGGAAUGGACAUUAUGGACAAAAAAUAGUCAGCAAUUUCUGAUACCAACUAAUCAACAAUUGCAUUUAUUCCAAAAUUUACUCACUUUCACGAUCAACAAUUCACAAACAAAUAAAUUACAAGACGCUGUGGAUACUUUUAGUUGGAUCAACAAUUUUCGGAGCUCUCUACCACCAGAUGGAAUCAAUUGUGAAGGGAAUCCGAGCGAAUUAAUUGUUGAUGGCAAAAAGAUCAUGAGUACAACUCAUGAUAAUCUAAUCGGUGAGAUCCCUAAACGUGUCUACGCUGGUUGUGUACUGAUAGGAACACGAGUUUAUGUAAUUGGAGGAUUUGAUGGAUAUCGUGCUCUCAAAUCUACUUUGUGCUAUGAUUUCCAAGUAGAAUCUGGUUGGUAUGAAGCAAGUUGCAUGUAUGAGAACCGUUAUUAUGUCAGUGUUGCAUAUGCAAAUGGACAGAUCUAUGCAAUUGGAGGUCAUAAUGGUGAACAUGGAGGUCGUUUAGAUUCUGCAGAAAGAUAUAUCGUGGAUGAAAAUUUAUGGCAAACUAUUUCUUCAAUGAAUUAUGUACGUAGUGAUGGAUCAGCUGGAGAAUUACAUGGUAAAAUAUAUGUGAUUGGUGGAUUUGAUGGUCGAUAUUAUCACGAUUCAGUGGAAUAUUAUGAACCAAUGACGGAUCAAUGGACCUUAGUAAGUCGAAUGAAUUCACCGAGAAGUGGUGUAUCACUUAUUCAACAUAAUGAUUACUUAUAUGCUAUUGGUGGAAACAAUGGAAAAGAUCGUUUGAAAUCCAUUGAAAGAUAUGAUCCAAAAGAAAAUAAAUGGGAAAUAAUUGGAGAAAUGAGUCGAAGUAGGAGUAAUUUAUCAACUACACUUAUUGAUAAUGAAGUAUACAUACUAGGUGGAUGGUCUGGUGAACCAGCAUCUGGUAUUUCCGAUCAAGUUGAAUGUUAUAAUUUGAUUAGUUGUGAGUGUCGAAUUGUACAAUCUUUAAUUUAUCCAGUUAGUGCUUCAUGUGCAUGUACACUGAAAGGUUGUGAUUUGGUGAAAAAAUAUAUAAAUCCAUUGUCAACCGUAUUAUCUCACUGUUUAGAUAAUUUCAAUUUGGUAUAUAAAGGAGAAGAAGGAAAAGACCGUGAUGAUGGCGAUCGGAAAUAA